AGGAACACUUUUCAAGCAGUAAUCAUAACAGACUGGGGUAAUACGUUUCUGAUGUACAACUACCCUUCAGGAGGAAUCGAGUGGACAGUUAAUGCUCCUGUGUAAGUCAUACAUAUAAAGAAUCAAAGGCCAAGGCCAAACGUCGAACGUUUCAUGAGACGAACCAAACUUAGUGAAAAAUUCGACGUCUGGCUCAGUUAAGUUCGUCUGAAUGAGUUUGGGUUGCCCAACACGUUCUAUCCGUCUUCUUCCUCUCGAUAGAACGUCUGAAGAUCAUCUUCGGGACAAACGUUGAUCUUCACAUGCAACGAACUAGACUAGUAAAGUAAAUGCUAUUUAACCUCGUCCGGGAGAGAAUUUAUUAGAAUUGCUUUUUGGUCUGAUUCAGUUGAUUGGUUCGACGCGUUCUAAGUUCGAAGUCUGACCCGACAGACGAUCGUCACUUAAUUUAGUUCGACCCAAACUAAAAUUUGGUUCGUCUCAUGAAAGUUCGACGUUCUAAGCCGAACAUCGAACUUUCAUGAGACGCCUUACACAUCACAAGGUUAUUGCUGUUAAGUGAGCUUGAAAUGUUUAGAGGGAACACUUCUUUGUUGUUGUUUUUGUGGCUUUUAGGCUGUUUUUAGUGUCUUUGUGGGUCUUUUGUGCCUUUGUGCUGUGGGUUGCAAGGUUUUGUUUUAGUAUUAAAAUACGUUUUAAUUCAUAUUCAAUAGUCAAAGAAAGGUAAUAAUAUACACUUAAUGUCAGAUCCCGAGGGAAACAGUUUUGUUUUCAUGAGAGUCCUGAUGUUUCCCGAGACGAAGUCGGGGGAAAAAUCAGGACUCGAGGGAAAGCAAAACUAACUGGUUUCCAGAGGGACCUGACAUUAAGUCUUAAUCAUUUCUAGACUUUCACUUCAACGUACUUCAACAGCAACAAAAGAAUACGCUUAGGCGGAGCGAAUCAAAACAGUCGCCUUGCCACUUAUAAGAAUUACGAACACACGGAAUGAUUUACAAAGUACUUUCCUAAUAUUAUCUACAUCUUUUUCCUCCACUAGCUGCUGUUUCUCUUCUGGGAUAACUUUGAAAAUCGUUGCUUUUUAGCUUGAGGCUUCAAGUUGUUGUUGUGUUCAUUCACGAAAAAGAAAACUGGCAGCCAGUAGCAGGACCUGGCAGUGUUUUUCCCGCCUUCUGUCACGCCACUUUCCAACAUGCUUUGAUCACGUGCUGUAAUGUAUCACGAUUGGGAUACAUUUAAGCAAUAGACCACACUUUCUAUAGGUUUACCGGCGUGAUAACCCACGCUCUUUUGGGAGAACACGAGAAAGGCUUGUAAAUCACGAGCCGAAGGCGAGUGAUUUACAAGCUUUUCGAGUGUUCUCCCAACAACCCAAGUCGGUUAUCACGCUGGUAAACCCAUAGAAAUUGUGGUCUAUUGCUUUUAUAAAAUAGCUUUAAGUUUUCUGAGUUUACCGGUAUAAUAAACCAUAGGUUUUUAACCAAUCAGAACGCGCCAACUAUCGUUGUUACUUUAUAAUUGGCAAUUAUCUUUCCUGCAGAUCUAAAUAUGCUGAAUGGACAGAUGUGUAUGGUAUUCCAGUAGCCGGAUGGAGCGCUGAAGGCAUUCACAAUCACAACUUGAAAGAGUGAGGCGUGCUAGCUACCCUGUGGCCAGCGCCGCAGACAAAACUAAACUCUGUUUAAGUCUGUCUGUAAAACAGCGCCGAAAUCCUUCUUCUGGCCACCCACCUGCGUACUGGGAUUUAAGUACGCGCCAUAAUCAACCUGUUCAAAAUUCCAUCGUCGAUUUGCCCAUCAAGGUGAAGGAAAUUCGAAACGCUCUUUCGGUAAUUCGUUGAUUCCGUUGGGGCCCAGAACAAGGAUAUCGGCGAUGCUUCGCAGACGUUACUAACCGGGGACUUGAAUUACGCCUGCGACACAGGCUAGUUACCCUGCAGUAAAAGCUCAACAGUGACAAAAUGUUAGAUAAAAAUAAACUACAGUGUACUUGUAUUUACCUGGGAGAAACUCUGUUAGAGUGGAAUCCACGGAAUGCUGUCUUUUCCUUCACGACUUGACAAUAAGUCACGACAAGGAAAUGAACGUAUCUUUCAAAAGUUCUCUUAAUUUGGCAAAACUUUCCUGUGGCAAUCUGAUUGCUGUUAAACAAAGAUUUAAUUUAUCUUUAAUUUAUUGCAAUACUUCUCAUGCCCUAUGCCCUUUGUUCAAAAUAAAGGUUCAGGUUAAUGUAUGUACUCUUUUAUAUACAUGCAUGUAUACGUGCGCCAUACCUUUUAAAAGGGGUAGAAAAUACGGACUUCAACGAUGUUAAAAUGCUCCAUCACUGGGUCUCUAUUUGGCUCAUUAUGUAUGCAGUUCUCUUCCCUUGAAAAGGAUGUACUAUCCAGAUUUUCUCUAAACUUGGCACAAUUGAAACCCAUAUACAUGUGUAUAGGACACUGUAGUAAAGAGAUGGGGUCACCAUGCUUGUUUUCGCCUUCCGUGCCCGUAAUUACCAUACUAAUGGUAUGAUGAUCCCAUGAUCCCAUACUAAUGGUAUGGGGUUUAAGGUCUGGGUCAAAGGUGUGUUCGAAGCAUAUGAAUGAUCGGCAAUAUCUCUCCCUAGAAGACCUAGAAAAAAACUAAUUUUUCCCUAAAAGUAAAUCUUCAGGUUUUCUUGUGCCUUCACGUUUAAGUGAAAAUGAAGGAAGAUGGCGAAUUCAUUGUGGCGAAUUUACUUUGUUUGGAUAAACAAAGAGGAAAAGAGGAUAAACAUACCAAACUAUUAUGUUUGCAAUAAAUGUACGCGAAGUUUAAUAUCAAGUGUUGAAUAAUUCAAGAUUAAAUUUACCCUCUAAAUUUUUUAUCGAAGUGCAAUGGACGGUCAUUCCAAGCAUGAAGUGUUAGAGAUAUUUAAUAAGAAUUAGAAAAGUGCUAGUGCUCGAUUUCUAUUUUUUAAACCGGUCACCAUUUGGUCUAAAAUUAAGAUUUUUUGGCAUAUGGUCACACGACAUAUCACGUGAUAUUACAAGUUACUUGAAAUAUUGCCAAACUCAAGCAUUAAUGAUAAUAACUGCUUUAUUUACCCGCGACAGCCUUUAAAGCUCAAAGUAUAGUGGGGCCGAGCAAUGCCUGGAAUAAUAUCAACCAAACAUAAUGGGGUUAAUAGCGACAACUGACCGGAGGCAAUUCACGCAGGUUUGUGGAGGAUCUGAAGUCAGGAUAACCGUAAACAAUUCCAGCCAGCGAUCAGGGCAAGACUUGCAGUCGGGGCCUCCUUUGGGCAAACCACUCGGCCACGCUAUCUCCUGUUCAAUUUUUUGCUAGUUCCUGGAGUGGCUUGAUGUGUUGUGCUGUAAUAAUUAACUUUUUUUUGUGAUCGCUAAACAUUUGAUAGACAAAAUAUUAUACCAUUGUUUUAUACAGGUCAGGUUCUUUGCUGGGAAUGUAUAAUUUGGACAAGAGGAAUGGAAAUACAGGCACGCUAGGCAGAUAUUUUUGGAGAAUAGAAAACCAGGAAAGAGACAGUGACAUAAAAAAGUGCAUCGAUUGGAUUACUUUUCAAGACGACGUGAAGUUUAGGUCUUGGUAUGAUCAGCAGUUUCGAUCUCAAAGUUCAAACCAGCGUCUGGCGUGUCCGUGCACUAUAUGGCAGGCACUUCUGGACAGGGGACGAUUCUUUCUGGACCGUUCAUACUCUUCUUCAAACUUUUGUUUUAGAUCCAGAGGUUCCAGGAUCUUUUUUCAUAUCAUUGAUGAUAUUGGCUUUGCCUUUUUUCGGAUAAGACAGCUCUGCUGUUUCAGUGACCUUGGUUUCCUUAUAACUGGUCCCCCCGACGGAAGUCACGUUAUAGCGGAACGACUUUGUAGCGUGAGAGAGGAUACAACAGACAAAGACGCCAAAACAUUUUGCUGUGCUGAUCGAGAUUUGUGCAAUGAAUAUUACUUUUAUCGCCCAAGUGAUGACUGCUUUUUUUACCGACCUCCUAGCAGACGUAAGUUUUUGUUGUUGUGCUACCUCUUUCUUUAAACAAGGAUGUCUUAUUUAGUGCUAUUGGAGGCUGAAAAGAGAGUAUCGAGGUUAAUUUUUUCCGAAUCUAGAGCCUAAAAAAAAUGUUUAAAAUCUCUAGAAACUGAUGCUUAGAAGCUUUCAGUGCGAUUACUAUAAUCGGGGCCACCUAGACAAAGUUGACAAUUCGGAUUACAGGAAAAUAACAAAAUAUAAUUUUUUUUCCGAGAAAGUUAGGCCCGGUUUCAACGGCGUUCCACUCACGUGCCGAACCUAACUGAUGAAAUAACUACGGCAAAAGAGCGGCGUCUGAAUCUACAGAGAGACUCUGAGACAUUCCUAAGGCUGUUUUAUUACAAAUUAUAUUUUUUUGGAGACAAUUAUAAUGUUCGAAUUUGUGAAAUGUACCAAUGUAUUUUUAGCAUAAUUCAUGCUCAAAAUGCAUUUCGCGUAUUUCCUUCACUGCCCAAAACCACGUUUACUGCCAGGGGCUGUGCAGUAUCUUAAGAGGUAACAGCUUUGAAAAGCUUGAGAACUCUGUUUCUCCUCAUUUAAUGCCUUAAUAACUUGCUAUGUUGUUCCAGGUUGGUUCUGGGGUGAUCCUCAUUUUAAGACACUAGAUGGUGGGAAUUAUACAUUCAACGGCCUUGGUGAAUAUGUAAUGAUCGAUGCACAAGAUGGGGUAUUCCAAUUACAAGCUAGGACACACCUUGCCAAACGAAAUUCAACUACUGCCACCAUUUUCUCAGCCGGUGCUGCUAAAGAAGAAAACACAAGC